AUGGGCUUUAUUCGAUCUCUAUCAACAAGCGAGUAUUUUUUAUAUAUAUGUGUAAUAAACUGUUUUUUUUUAUCUACAGUAUUAAGUGAAAGUGAACCUAUAUAUGAUAGUAGAUUUCAAAUGAUAAUGACGUCUAUGAGACCUGAAGAUGCAAUGUCACCACAAACCAAGGAUAACCUUGGUUUUAUACAUGCAUUUAUAGCUUCUUUGUCUGUCAUCGUUGUUUCUGAAUUGGGCGACAAAACUUUCUUUAUCGCUGCUAUUAUGGCAAUGAAACAUCCAAGAUUGACAGUUUUUAUAGGAGCAAUUAGUGCACUGGCUUUGAUGACUCUCCUUUCAGUCAUUUUUGGAUAUGCUGCAACCAUAAUUCCUAGUGUUUAUACAUACUACAUUUCUACUGCACUUUUUGCUUUAUUUGGUUUGAAAAUGCUACGGGAUGGUUAUAAGAUGUCUGCAACUGAGGCACAAGAAGAAUUAGAAGAAGUGCAAUCUGAUUUAAGGAAACGAGAAGAUGAGUAUGAAAAGGAAACUGCAAGCACUUUAGUACAAGAUCCAGAAACUGGUGUUAUAAGAAAAGCAACAAAAAUUAGUGCACUGGUGCUCCUCUCUAGGAUAUUCCUUCAAGCAUUUACAUUAACAUUUCUUGCAGAAUGGGGUGAUCGCUCACAGCUUACAACUAUUAUACUUGCAGCAAGAGAGAAUGUUUAUGGAGUUGUAAUAGGUGGAAUAUUAGGACAUUCAUUUUGUACAGGAUUAGCAGUAUUAGGGGGGAGGAUGAUAGCUCAGAGAAUUUCAGUACGAACAGUGACCAUAAUUGGUGGAUUGGUAUUUCUACUAUUUGCUUUAACAGCACUUUUUAUCACACCUACGGAAGAUGUAUGAAAACAGUAUACAGUGUUUAUAUACCUAUAUGUCAUAAAAUAUAUUUUGCUAUGAGAUAAUGUACAUAUUUUCCAUAUUUGUGUACAGAUUGUGUGAUGAGAUAGUAAAAAUCAUAAUAUACACUACAUUUUUACCUAAAAAGUACUUAUGUAUAUAAUUUGUACAUUAUGCUUGAAAUUAUAUUGAUAUAAAUAAUUACUCAUGUGAAUAAAAUUGUUGUAAGAUUGUUGUAAGAAAUGAUACGACAUAUCAAGCACUAAACAACGGUGUAUAGUGUAAAAAUAAUAAGUAGUAUUAUUAUAAGCUAUUUUAUUGAAUACUUUAAUUUAGAAUAUAUACACACUCUACUUACACUACAUAAAUUCUUCCAGAAAUUUUUGUAGAUAUAUUAAGUUACUAUUAUUUUAUAAUAAUUAUUAUUAUCAUUAUUUCGCUAAUACUAUGUUCUUUUAUUAUGAAAAAUUAACGUAUUAAAUCUACAUUCGUAUACCGGGAUUAUAAAUAUGAAGAAACAUGCUUCUUAUGUGUAGUACUAUUAAGUUUUAAUUAAUUAAAUAACAAAGACAUGUAAUAUUUCUUUUAUAAAUAUAGAUCAACGAUAUACAUUAA